AUGGCCGCGAUGGUCCGCUUUGACUUUUGUCUUGAUGCCUGGGUUAUGCUGCUCAUCCGGAACGUCUGUGCCGUUGACAUGGAUAGUUCGACAAAGUGGCGCUUCCCUGCAGCAGUCCACGAGGCCGAGCUCCGUGAUGCCGUGCCGGACAAGGCCAUCAGUAGGCGAUCUGCAGCUUGA